AUUUCAUCACUCGUUGUUUCCUGCCAUCGUUCAUUGACGACUGCUACGACUACGACUUACGCUUUCCCUCGAUCACCUGCCAUCCCUUCAUCGACUCAGCGCUACACGCCAACGACCCGCACGAGCCCUUUUCCUUGAGUACACAUAAGAAGCCGUCAACAUGUGUGGCAUUUUCGGCUACAUCAACUACCUAGUCGAAAAGGAACGAGGCGUCAUACUUCAGACACUGGUCAAUGGCUUGAGCAGACUUGAAUAUCGCGGCUAUGACUCCGCCGGUCUGGCCAUCGACGGCGACAAGAAGAACGAAGUGCUGGCCUUCAAAGAGGUGGGAAAGGUUGCCAAGCUGAAGCAGCUUAUCGAUGAGGAGAAGCCCGAUCUCACCAAGGUUUUCGACAACCACGCAGGAAUUGCACACACCCGAUGGGCCACCCACGGUCCACCAUCCAGAGUCAACUGCCAUCCGCACAGAUCCGACCCCAGUUGGGAGUUCGCGAUCGUGCACAAUGGCAUUAUCACCAACUACAAGGAGUUGAAGACGCUGCUUGAGAGCAAGGGCUUCAAGUUCGAGACCGAGACAGAUACUGAGGCAAUUGCGAAGCUCACCAAGUACAUCUACGACUCGCACCCAACCAUCGACUUCACAACGCUGGUCAAGGCUGUCAUCAAGGAGCUGCAGGGUGCCUUCGGUCUGCUUGUGAAGAGUGUCCGCUUCCCAGGCGAGGUCGUGGCCGCCCGGAAGGGUUCUCCACUCGUUGUCGGUGUGCGCACCGCCAAGAAGAUGAAGGUUGACUUUGUUGAUGUUGAGUUUGGUGAUGGCGAGAAUGUGCUCCCAGCUGAGCAGGCCAGCCAGAACGUCGCAUUGAAGAAGAGCCCCAACAUGCUUGGCAGCAACCUCCUUGCACCACCCGACAAGUCCCUCCUCCACCGCUCGCAAUCGCGCGCUUUCCUCUCCGACGAUGGCGUCCCACAGCCAACCGAAUUCUUCCUCUCCUCCGAUCCCGCCGCCAUCGUCGAGCACACCAAGAAGGUGCUGUACCUCGAAGACGACGACAUCGCCCACAUUCACGAGGGUCAGCUCAACAUUCACCGUCUGGGCAAGACCGACGGCACUAGCAAUGUCCGUGCUAUCCAGACUCUGGAGAUUGAGCUCCAGGAGAUCAUGAAGGGCCGCUUCGACCACUUCAUGCAGAAGGAGAUCUUCGAGCAGCCAGAGUCCGUGGUCAACGCCAUGCGUGGUCGCUUGAAUCUUGCAGACAAGACUGUGACUCUUGGUGGUCUCAAGCAAUACAUCAGCACAAUCCGUCGCUGCAGACGCCUCAUAUUCAUCGCCUGCGGAACCUCAUACCACUCCUGCAUGGCUGUGCGUGGAGCUUUCGAGGAGCUGACUGAGAUUCCGAUCGCCGUCGAGCUGGCGUCUGACUUCCUCGACCGCAAGGCGCCAGUCUUCCGCGACGACACCUGUGUCUUUGUCUCGCAAUCUGGUGAGACUGCCGAUUCGCUCAUGGCUCUCCGCUACUGCUUGGAGCGUGGUGCCCUGACCGUCGGUAUCGUCAACGUGGUCGGUUCCUCGAUCUCACUCAUGACCCACUGCGGUGUCCACAUCAACGCAGGCCCAGAAAUCGGUGUCGCGUCUACCAAGGCAUACACCUCGCAGUUCGUCUGCAUGAUCAUGUUCGCCCUCCUUCUCUCCGAGGAUCGCGCUAGCAAGCAGCAGAGACGUGUGGAGAUUAUGGAGGGUCUUGGCAGAAUCUCUGAGCAGUUCCGCGAGAUCCUCAAGAUGGACCAGGAAGUCAAGCAGCUCUGCCUCAAGUUCAAGGACCAGAAGUCUCUCCUUCUGCUUGGACGUGGUGCUCAGCACGCUACUGCUCUCGAGGGAGCCCUCAAGAUCAAGGAGAUUUCCUACCUUCACUGCGAGGCUGUCAUGUCUGGUGAGCUGAAGCACGGUGUCCUUGCGCUUGUCGACGAGAACCUGCCAAUCGUCAUGAUCCUCACCCGCGACGACAUCUUCGCCAAGUCGCUCAACGCCUACCAGCAAGUCAUUGCACGCAAGGGACGCCCAAUCGUCAUUUGCAACACCAACGACAAGGAAUUCCCCGGCGACAAGACCGACAAGAUCGAGGUUCCACACACUGUCGAUGUCCUCCAAGGUCUCCUCAACGUCAUUCCACUCCAGCUCAUGUCCUACUGGCUGGCUGUCGCUGAAGGACUGAACGUCGACUUCCCACGAAACUUGGCCAAGUCGGUCACCGUCGAGUAAAGAGCAGGCGAAAGGAAGAAUACAGGUUACUACUGGGUGCAACAGGAUAUAGAUUUCGGCUGCUUGGGACGAGUACUGAAAAGAACAGGAAAUCAGAAACAGUGAAAACAGGACUGCAGCUGGAUCUGUGGAUAAAGUGUUCUCCGCCUCCUGGCUGUGCGUUUGUGUGUGGGUGUGAUAAUGAGAUAGGACAUUGUUUAGAAGAAGCAUGACUGGCAUAGACCUCGUCUGCCUUUGUCAGUCGUGGAGAUUAUGAAAUGCACGUGCUUUAGACGAUAGCUGUGUCUUCCGAUGCGCCUACCACAACAUUGUCUCAUUAUAAUACCCG